GGAGCGUUGGGGAGGGUCUCAUCAACUCCUAGGUCAAUCCAAGGCAGAGAAGCGGCCGCAAAAUUGCCAUAAAUGAGCAGCGCACACUCGUUUGAAUGGUUUCUGAACGCAUGCUUCGCAACCCUGUUGUAGAAAUGAAACUUCUAGCACCAUCAUCCCAUCUUAGCAAGAUAACUUCCGCAUUUAGAUGUGCUGUUAUGGCUGCUUUCUCAAGGUGCUAAACGGUUCUGUGCAGGACUUCUGCUGGGACUGUCCGCCGGUGCAGCUGCCGCGAUCAUACAUUCGCAUGCCCUUGAUUAUACUCAGUGUUUGCUAUAGAAAUGUACCGCUCUGCAGUAUUGACAGUUGCUCUAGGCGUUGCUAUAUGCGGUGUUUGCCUGUUUUGUUGUGGCUUCUUGCUGCAAAGGCAAGCUAUCGAAGAACAUAGCGAAUGUUCUGACAUCACAGUCUUCUACCAAUCUACUGGUAAACCCACGACCCUCCCUAGCCCACCUUGCUGGUAUCCGGCAAAGUUUAAGAAAGCGGUAAUUUUGCUAAUCGACGCCUUGAAGCUGGAGUUUGCUCUGCAUGGACCCCCGUGGGAUGAAAGCGAGCAUUAUCGGAACAAGAUGCCCGUUUUCUCCGAGUUGUCUGCUAGUACCGGCGCUGAACGCACCGUGUUGCUCAAGUUUGUCGCGGAUGCCCCGACUACAACAGUGCAGAGGUUGAAGGCAUUGAUGACUGGAGGACUGCCGACGUUUAUUGACGCUGGUACUAAUUUUUAUCAAACUGAAGUGCGAGAAGACAACUUGAUCAGUCAGAUGUUCAAGAUGGGCAAGAAGAUUGUGUUCAUGGGCGACGACGCUUGGGUCAGCCUUUUCCCUGGCAAAUUCGCCCGUGCGUACGCGUACCCCUCAUUUGUAGUAAAGGAUUUACACACCGUCGACAAUGGUGUUCUCGAACACCUUUAUCCGGAGCUGGACAAUCCAGAUGGAUGGGAUGUUCUGGUGGCUCACUUCCUUGGUGUGGACCACUGUGGUCAUUGGCUAGGCCGGAACCAUCCAGCCAUGGCUGCCAAGCUCACCCAACUUGACCAGGUGAUAAGAUCAGUGGUUUCCAAAAUUACUGAGGAGACCCUGCUCCUGGUGAUGAGUGAUCAUGGAAUGACCAUUGAUGGUGACCAUGGUGGAGAAACAGAAGACGAAGUAGAAGCAGUCCUUUUUCUCCAUGCCAAGAAACCUUUUCUGUCACCUCGGAGUAAUGCAAGUUCUGUGACGGGAAUAUCCAGUCCUCCUUCCAUAGCCCAGAUGGAUCUUGUGCCCACUUUAGCAAUGCUCCUUGAUGUGCCCGUUCCGUAUUCUAACCUCGGCUCUUUAAUGCUACAAGCUUUUCCAGGCAUUGAGGUGGAGCAUGCUGAUCCAGGGCAGCUACUUCCACUUUGGCUGAAUGUUCAGCAGGUGGCGCGUUACUUGGGCAAGGUUCCCAACACUCCCCUGCAUCCAGAACUGAGGAUGCAGAAGCUGCGGCGGCUGUGGGACCAAUGCCUUGAUGGGCAAGGAAGUGCUGAAGCAGCCAGGGAUUUCAUCAAUGCUUCCGUGGCGUUCCUGCAGGAUGCAAGACAUGCAGCCCAUGAGGUCUGGGCCACGUUUGACAUCCCUCGUAUGUAUACCGGCUUAGCAAUGGCUGUACUUGGAUCGCUGUUGCUGCUAUGCUGCUGCUGUUAUCAGCUUGGAGAAGGAAGUGCUUCUGGUGUACUGAAGAGCCCUACAAGUGUUUGUGCUGUUUGUUGGCUCCUUAUGCCCUUCUCCAACAGCUUUGCUGUAGCUGAACACAAGGUGGUUCUGUACCUCUUUCAAACAUUGCUGGUGGCAUCCAUCUUCUUCAAGGGCCCUGUCACAUUGAGCACUAGUCGGACCCGUGCCUUGACUUUGUGCCUGGUGGGCAUACUAACAGCUACAAGGCUGUCAGCGCUGUUCUGGCGCUGUCGGGAAGAGCACCUAGGUCAGCCAUGUGAGGAGAGCCUGCUACAGAAAAGCCCCUCGGAGCCUCAGUCAUGGGGCCUGGAGCGAGUGCUGGCAGCAAGUGGCGGCACCAUACUGCUGACUUGGUGUGCUUGGCCACCACGAGCUUCUGCUGGCCUCGCUGGUGCUUUGGCAAGGGUGGGCCUGAUGGCGGCCACUGGUGCCUUGCUGGCACACUGGUUUGUCCAGCUCAAACCACCAGCCACCAUCCAGAAUGUGCUUGGCUCUCACCAGGAGCUUCUUCCAAACACAGCAAUGGUGAUGAGCAUAGCUUUGGCGCUGCUCGGCUGGGCUGUGCCCCACUCACUCACGGGGAAUGUGAGUCUGCUGCCUGCAUCUGCCUUGCUGUUCCUUUUGACUGUGGCUGGUGAAAGCUAUGCAGUACCACUUUGCCUGAUGGUUGCUGCUCUGUGGGGACUUUCACACCUGUGGUCCUCGCUGCCUCCAACAGAUGUGUGGGGACCAUUGCUGUGCUGGUUGCUGGUGGGCCAGCUGGGCUUCUUUGGCACAGGCCAUCAGACGAGCUUCUCAACAAUCCAUUGGAAAGCGGCAUUUGUGGGUGCAUCCAUCGAUCAGCCACCCAUGACCCUGGGUGCAGUAAAAGUGCUGCUGAACACCUUUGCUGGCCCAUUAGUGGCAGGUGCCAGCCUGCCCGCCAUGCAAAGCGCACUUCGGGCACAAAGCAUGUCUUCUACCACGAAGAAAGUUAUGCCAUUUGUUGCUUACUGUACACUGCUUCUGCUGCAGGUCUGCAGCACAAUGGCGUCAUGCUUGCUUCUGCGUCGUCACCUAAUGGUGUGGACUAUAUUCGCACCACGACUUGUUUUUCAAGUGUUGUCAGCAUUUUUCAGCAUUGUGGCAGUCUUUAUUGGUUGGGUGACGUCACGAAGGAUAAUGUCAAGAACACAAGUUUUUCAUAUAGAUUGAUCUAUGUCAUUAGCAGUGCUGUGCUAGGCUCUAAAUAUUUCUAGGUUGACUCAACAGUAGGCUCUAAUGCCUUCAUAAAGAAGCCAUUAGAUUUGAGAAAUGGAAAAUCAACGUACCGUGUCCUAGUGUUGGGAAGUCAGUGCCUGUGGAGAGGAAUCGAAAGUGGCAUGAGGUGCUUAGGUUGCAUGGUUUCUCCAAGUCACAUCACACUGAGAAACCUCAUCUUUGAGGCAACACUUCACUCCCUGUACAAAUACUUCUUGUACACAUUCCAAUGAGAACAGUAAUACUGCCUGUAUUUAGUGUUCUUUUACUUGGCUCAGUAUUUUUCGCUGCCUUCAUGUUUCUUUCAGACUAACUAGUCCGUUGCGUGAGUUUACUGUCAUUGUAGAGUGCCCAGUAUUGUAUUACUUCUUUUGGCCUGCUGGGGACAAAAAACAUUGAAACAGCGUCUGGUGGCACUUGACAUAUGAUGCUUCGGACGAGACAUCAUGUGAUUUGUAGAGUUCACUUUUUAUUAAUAUAAAUUAAUUCUUAUAAAAUGAAGCUGACUGACAUUCAUAUGCAAUUUGUUCAGUGCUGCAGCUCUCUGUGUCUGAUGUGAGUUUCGAAGGUCAGCCACAGUUUUGCUGAAGAUAGUCUAAAAUAUUAAGAUGUAAAAUAUCAUUACAUGCUUGUUGUUGCCUUGUAUUAAAACAUUGCACAGACUUAUGUUUUAUUCUUUUAUUACUCAUAUUUUUCUUUUGACUUAUAGACCAAUCCUCCCUGCCGCAAUGUUGUUGCUUUAGGCUCCCCUCAUUACUUCCCUUUAAAACAUACGAGGUAUGUUCAAAAAGAAACUAAACUUUUGUUAUAACACCUUUACUGCUUAUGGUACAACAUUUUAAGUGCUUUCCCCUUCAAAGUAGUCCUCUCUACUGGCAAUGCACUCUUCCCAUCUUUUCUUCAAUUUUUGGAAAGCCUCCUGGAACGCACUUUCUGGAAUGGCGCGCUGGUCUCUUCUUGCAUUGUCCUGGAUCUCCUCUACGGUUUGGAAACGACGUACUUUCAAGGUGGUUUUCAGCUUGGGGAAUAGAAAAAAGUCUGCUGGGAGCUAGGUCCGGAGAAUAUGGUUGGUGGGGCACAACAAUAGUGUGGUGUUUCGCUAAGUAGCUGCGGACAAAAAGCGAUGCGUGAGCUGGGGCAUUGUCAUGGUGCAACAUCCAACGCUGAUUUUCCCACAAUUCAGGCCUCUUACAGCACACAGAAUCUCUCAAACGUGCUAGGAUUCCCUGGUAAACUUCUUUGUUUACCGUCUGACCAUGUGGCACAAAUUCCUGAUGGACAAUGCCUUUGCAGUCAAAAAACAACCAACAUCACCUUAAUUUUUGACCGACUCAUGCGUGCUUUUUUUGGAUGAGGAGGACCUUUGGCCACCCACUGCGAUGACUGCACUUUCGUUUCAACAUCAUAGCUUUGAACCCUUGUCUCAUCGCCUGUUAUGAUGUUCUUAAGAAAGUUUUCAUCAUCAUUGGCAGCAGUGAGCAGUUCCUGGCUGAUUUCAACACGGGUCUGCUUCUGUUCGUCAGUCAACAACGGCACGAAUUUUGCACUGACAUGACGCAUCCCAUGUUUGUCACUCAAAAUUUCAUGACAUGAUCCUACUCUGAUACCCACUUCGUCAGCGACUUCUUGAACAGUCAAACGACGAUUUCCACGAAUCACAGUUCGAACUCUCUCGACGUGGUCAUCAUCUGUGGAUGUGGGAGGUCGUCCAGGCUUGGGAUCGUCACCGACUGACAUUCUUCCGUCUUCAAAACACUUCAACCAAUCAUAGCACCGUGUGUGACUCGUACAGUCCUCCCCGUAUGCUUGGCUAAGCAACUGAAAUGUCUCUGUGAAAGUUUUCCCAAGUUUGUAGCAGAACUUCACACACACACGCUGUUCUUCCAAUUCCUUCAUUGUCAUUUUGGCACCAAUCCGAAGAACAGCUUGUUCAUGUGCUCACUUCAGCGGCUGUAGCUCGCCAACUAACGAUCAGAGCGAAACGCGGCAAAUGGCAGUUUGUUGUCUAAACCUGCCGCUACAUGCGCUCAGUAGCCGCAGCGUGCUCCCUUUGCCGGUUGGCGCGCUAUUUCAAAAGUUCGGUUUCUUUUUGAACACACCUCGUAAAUUAAUAUUGACUGGCAAACACCAAUAUGUCUCUCAUCUUGUUAUGUCUAAGCACGUUCGCUGGUUUUUUAAAUUUCGCUAGUAUAAAAGAAUUCGGUUCAUCUCCAAGUAGUAUGUUUUACAUUUCUCUUAGAGGUCUGGUCUCUGCUGUUUUUUUAAAACUCUGUUUACCUUCUUUUUUCAUGUCAAAAGAGUGAAGCUUGUUGCUAAUUGCAUCUAAGUAUGGUUGCCCAUUGUUAUAUAGUAAAUGUUAAGCACUGCCGGAAUGUCAACAUACUACAUUGCCAUGUGUGCUUUUUCUUUUCUGAUAGUCAAGCCCACAUAUAACAAUCCCACUUAGAGCACACUUUCGGCUACUCUGAACGGUUUCUGAACUGCAGCCAAAAUGUUUCGCUAGAAGUCUAUCGGAGAGCGGUCCACUUAUAACAAUCCCGUGUCCUGUUCAUUUCAAUUACAACGAAUCGAACGAUCCAUAGUGCGCAGCGUCUCGACGAACCGAGGUAGGGCACCUCCAAAGUGAAUGCCACACGAUGCAGUCAACCAUUGCAGCGCAGCACUUCUCUUGUCAAUCGCGGGCCCUGCCGACUAUGGGCGAAUGUGGGAAGGUAUUGUUAGUGAUGUCGGUGUGUGGGGUCUUUAAUAAUGCGCUUGUUCGGGAGGUGCAACAACUACUGGAUAUGGGUGCUUCCUGUGAUGACUGGGAUGGCCAGGAAACCAGUGAACUUCAAACUACGCCCUCAGCCUGCCCAAGCAUUUUGUAUGGGGCAGGGGUUUGACUUAAGACCACUUCGACAGCCUGAUAAACUUCGAGUGCCAAUGUCAGGUAGACACUAUACUUACACAGACCUUAAUCACCAAUUUCUUCCAGUAAGAGCA